AUGGCAAAUGAUCAAUUCCAGCCCCCACCUCCAGGCCCCCACCUCCAGCCCCCACCCCCAGGCCCCAUCCCCAGGCCCCCACCUCCAGGCCUCCAGCCCCCACCUCCAGGCCUCCAGGCCCCCACCUCCAGGCCUCCAGGCCCCCACCUCCAGCCCCCACCUCCAGGCCCCCACCUCCAGCCCCCACCCCCAGGCCCCCACCUCCAGGCCUCCAGGCCCCCACCUCCAGGCCUCCAGGCCCUCACCUCCAGGCCCCACCCCCAGGCCCCCACCUCCAGGCCUCCAGGCCCCCACCUCCAGGCCUCCAGGCCCCCACCUCCAGGCCUCCAGGCCCCCACCUCCAGGCCCCCACCUCCAGGCCUCCAGGCCCCACCCCCAGGCCCCCACCUCCAGGCCCCCACCUCCAGGCCUCCAGCCCCCACCUCCAGGCCUCCAGGCCCCCACCUCCAGGCCCCCACCUCCAGGCCCCCAGGCCCCCACCUCCAGGCCUCCAGGCCCCCACCUCCAGGCCUCCAGGCCCCCAGGCCCGCACCUCCAGGCCCUCAGGCCCCCACCUCCAGGCCCCCAGGCCCCCACCUCCAGGCCCCCACCUCCAGGCCUCCAGGCCCCACCCCCAGGCCCCCACCUCCAGGCCUCCAGGCCCCCACCUCCAGGCCUCCAGCCCCCACCUCCAGGCCUCCAGGCCCCCACCUCCCGGCCCCCACCUCCAGGCCCCCAGGCCCCCACCUCCAGGCCUCCAGGCCCCCACCUCCAGGCCUCCAGGCCCCCAGGCCCGCACCUCCAGGCCCUCAGGCCCCCACCUCCAGGCCCCCAGGCCCCCACCUCCAGGCCUCCAGGCCUCCAGGCCCCCAGGCUCGCACCUCCAGGCCUCCAGGCCCCCAGGUCCCCGCCUCCAGGCCCCCAGGCCCCCACCUCCAGGCCUCCAGGCCCCCAGGCCCCCAGGCCCCCACCUCCAGGCCCCCAGGCCCCCACCUCCAGGCCUCCAGGCCUCCAGGCCUCCAGGCCCCCAGGCCCCCACCUCCAGGCCUCCAGGCCCCCAGGCCCCCACCUCCAGGCCCCCAGGCCCCCAGGCCCCCACCUCCAGGCCCCCAGGCCCCCACCUCCAGGCCUCCAGAGCCCCAGGCCCCCACCUCCAGGCCUCCAGGCCCCCAGGCCCCCACCUCCAGGCCCCCAGGCCCCCACCUCCAGGCCUCCAGGCCCCCACCUCCAGGCCGCCAGGCCUCCAGGCCCCCACCUCCAGGCCUCCAGGCCCCCAGGCCCCCACCUCCAGGCCUCCAGGCCCCACCUCCAGGCCUCCAGGCCCCACCUCCAGGCCCCCAGGCCCGCAACUCCAGGCCUCCAGGCCCCCACCUCCAGGCCCCCACCUCCAGGCCUCCAGGCCCCCACCUCCAGGCCUCCAGGCCCCCACCUCCAGGCCCCCACCUCCAGGCCUCCAGGCCCCCAUCUCCAGGCCCCCACCUCCAGGCCUCCAGGCCCCCACCUCCAGGCCUCCAGGCCCCCACCUCCAGGCCCCCACCUCCAGGCCUCCAGCCCCCACCUCCAGGUCCCCACCUCCAGGCCCCACCCCCAGGCCCCCACCUCCAGGCCUCCAGGCCCCCACCUCCAGGCCUCCAGGCCCCCACCUCCAGGCCUCCAGCCCCCCACUCCCAGACUAUUGAUUAUUACUCUAUGGAUUAG